AUGGAGCUCGAGGUUGGCGCGCGCGUCACAUUUGGCGCCAACAAGUCGGGCAUUGUGCGGUUCGUAGGCGAGACGGACUUUGCCAGUGGCCAGUGGGUCGGCAUCGAGCUCGAGCGGCCGGAGGGCAAGAACAAUGGCGAGCUCAAUGGCCGCGUCUACUUUACGUGCGCCCCGAGCCACGGACUCUUUGUCAAGCACUCGAUGGUGCGCUCGGUCGUCUCUCCGUCGCCUGUGAUUGGCUCGCACACGUCGCAGACUCGUCAACCAGUGGCUACAAAGGCAAGCUCUCGGGUUUUGGAACCCAAGCCGCGGACGUCGGUGGUAGUAGCGCCAAGUACGCGGUCCAAUGUCUCGCUGAUGGCGGCCGCGGCGAGGUCGAGGCUGUCGCUCGAUCGACGUACGUCGGAUAGCAGUCGCAUGUCUGGGAGUGGAGUUACGACGGAGGACCAAGUGACAGCAGCAGCGGUGCGGAUCGCGCAGCUGGAAGAGGCGCUGGAGCAGAAGAACCGACAGCUGGAGCAGCUGCGACAAAGUGUGACAGUGAUGAAGGAGGCGGCGGCAGCAGCGGCAGGUGAUGGUACCAUGUCCGUACAGCUGGUGACAGAGCAGCAAGGACAGGAGAUGCAGGUGGCUGGAGAGCUCAAGAACCAAGUGGAUGCAGAAGGAGACGAGAUGAUGGAAGAAAGCGACGAUAAUGGGCCAAACGACGAUGGGAAGCUGACGCUGCCAGCGACGGCAGCGUUGCAGGAAGAGCGGGUGCAUGAGAUUGAGCACAUUCGGGAAGAGGCAGAGGAGCACGUGCGAGUCGUGCGUGCAGAGCUGGCAGAUCAUAUUGGGCAGUUGCAGAAGCAGCAGGAGAUGCAGCUUGAGGAACUACGGCGUGAGAAUACGAUGCAAGCUUCAGUAGUGAGUGCGCUGGAGGCGGAAGUAGCACAGCAGAAGGCGCGGAUUGCAGCAUUUACAGCUGCUGAGCAGAAAAAGGCAGAGGAAGUGGCGAUGGCUGUGGCCAAGUCAAGCUCGGGUGCUCGCAAGGUGGAAGCGCUUACGAAACAGGUGGUGGAGCUGCAGGAUAUGAUUGAGAUGAUGACGUUGGAGCGAGAGACCGCCGAGAUGGACAAGGAAAUUGCGGAAGAGCAUGCUGAAGAGCUGCAGCAGGAAGUGGAGAAGCUCAAAGCUGCAAUGGCGCUAUCGGCGACGACAGGACCUGACUACUCUGAGCAAUGUGCUGCUGGCGCUGGAGAGUUGGCGGACGAGAACCAGAAGCUCCGAGCGGCGGUUAAGAUGCUGCACGAGCGCGGGUCUGAGGAAAAAGCCGAGCUUAGCAAGAAGUUGCGACAGGCUCAGCGUGAAAAUGCGGAACUCGUGUCAUUGCGGGAGGAAGUGGAAGAAUUAACGACUAAGAAAAGUAAGCUCGAAAACGAAGCGGAAGAGCUGAAGGAGAUGCUGGACGUUGCGAACGCGUACGAAUCGAUGGUGGAAGACCUUACAGAGAAAAAUCUGACUCUGGGUGAGAAGCUUGCCGAGCUAGAGACCACUGUGCAGUCGCUUGAAUCGUUGCGUGAAGUCGAUCAGGAAAUGGAACACCAGCAUACGGAGUAUGAAGCAGAGCUGCGAGAUGAAAUCGACUCGCAGCGUGCAGCGCUACAGGAGUUGAAACAGGCGGCGUUGAAUCAGAAGGUUGUCUUCGAGGAUAAGGAGCGCACCAUUGCUCGCUUCCGUGAUCUUGCGCACGGCCACCGGGAAGAGAUUGCGCAGCUGAAGGCAAAACUUCGUGAUGAGAGUGGUGCUGUGGAGUCGCUGAAGGACACGGCACAUCUGGCGCUUAACCAAACCAUGGGGCUGCGCACACUGGUAGCAACGGCACGCGAGCACGAGAUCGAGGCAGCAAAGCAGAAGAUUACAUCUGACCAGGCAAGGCUGGAGAUAUCGUUUUUGCGCGCUGUGGUGCCUAACUCAAUUUUUUCCGAAGCUGACCAAAAGGUACUUUGCGUCCGGUUGACGCUUGGGCGUAUUGCUGGCAAGGUCGACAUAUUGUUACACCACUUGAACAAGGAGUUGGAUACAGCCGCACGUCAGCAAACUGUAAGUGACCAGCAGGAGGGGGAGAAGAACGAGAGUGUGUCCGGUGCGGUAGUCUGUGUCGAGCACUUGAUACUGGGCGAUAGGCUGGCGGCGGUCUCGUGUCAAACAAAGGAAGAUCUGUUUAUGCUCGAGUGUCACCUGACCACAGAGGAAGAAUUUGCCGAGGGCUGCUCAGCGCUUGACACUUCACACACAGCUGCGUUGGAGAGUGUGCUGGAUUCAGCGCUUUCAGCUUUUUCCGAGGGUGCCUUUUUGAAUGGCUCCCGCAGUAGCAGCGACGCUGCGUCAUUGUACGACCGCCUCUUUCAAACUUCAGAGGAAUGGCACAGUAGUCGCGUUGUCCAGGUAUCUUCAGCUACGGGUGCCGAGAGCUUUGGUGCCCGCUGUGCUGUGGUAAAGCUGCGUGCGAGAAAAAGCGUGGCCAAGCUGGCGUUUUCGAUCUCAUCGAUGGUGACUUUCUUGCGCACCACGAAGAGCGUGCUGGCAAGUUCUGAGCCGUCUAAUGAAGAACAAGCAAGCAUGCUGCGCACAGAAUUGAUGCCGGUGCUAGACAAGUGUUUGGGAGAGCUACUCUCGCUACUGAAUGUCGCGCAGCUGUUCUAUCGCCGCGCAGAGAUUGACCUGGCGGCUUCGGACGAUGACCUCGAUGGACUCGUGGCGGCGGGCGGUGAAGUGGUGACUUCCAUUCAUAAUUAUGGUGUAGAGGCACAGUCAUUGCUUGCUGCGCUGCAGUCGCAUCUUGACCAAGACGGUUCACCGGUGCAUGGAAUAUCGGCAGAAGAGCUGAUGCAAUUUACGCAGCAGGGCGUAUACGACCAUGUUGUGGCGUUCAAGGAAAAGCUGGCUAUACUGUACAAGCUGGUGUGUCGCGGUGCCUUUACUGAUGCAGUGGCUCCUCGUAGUCGCAACGAACCCGCGUAUAGUGCUAAUGGGCGUCCCCAGUGGCGUAUCCGAGCGCAGGCCAUUCAUCAAGAGCUAGUAGACGCGUCAGCUCUUCGGAGUAACUUGGCAGAAAUGACCGAGCUGUGCAACACGUUGCAUCAGCGUAUUCGCGAAUUCGAGCGUGCAGACAGCCAGCACCGUGUAGUAGCACAGAAGCUGGAAAGUCAAGUGCUGCAACUGACUGACGGCAUGGCAGCAGCGAUAAGCGAGAAGACACACUUGGAAUCACAGCUUUCGAAGGAGCGCGAGCAGUUCGUUGUUGCGCUGGACGAGUCGAAUAAAGAGAAGACGUUACUGAGCUCUUUGAACCGGGAUUUGCGCAAGCAACUGAAGCGCACGAGUAUUGCAAAGGACGGAAGUGGCGGCAAUGCGGUCACAAAGGAGUCGGUGCCGAGUGCAAUCGAUGCGGAAGCUUUCCAGCGUGCUUUUCAUCAACUGCACACAGAGCUGCACAGGGUGCGUUCUGCGCUGGCAAAAGAGCGAUUGGAGAGGUUGCUAGGGUCAAGUGCUGGUCUAAACACACGCCCGUCAUCGGUGUCAACGAAAUCGGAUCGUUUGGCAAAGUCACUCACGGAGGUUGCGGCAUUCUCGCGACAGGUGAAGGCUCAACUGUCGAUGCCGCGUCUGGUCGAUCUCAAGCAGGCUGCUUCUUCCUCGGGGUCGUCUGCGCGCGCUCAAUUGACGGCGAAGAAGUUGCAGCAGUCACGCCUGCAGCGAGACUUGACAGCCCUUCGUGAACGCGUCGGAGCUGCGGUGCGCGACGAUGGAUGGGGUGAUGAAGUGACAAACGCUAUCACGCGUGGCGAACGGGUGUUUGGUUGGCAGCCACCGAAGGUGGCGCGUCCACCCGUUUUUAUGGUACGCGUGAAGCUCGGCAGCAGUUCAGCUACGGAUUUGCCGUCUGUGCAGCUCGUGUUGAACCAGCCGGAAGUGAAAUACCUGUCGGAUGCUUUGAUGUGCUGA